AUGGCGUACCAGCAAACGGGAGGUUCUGGGAGUCUCUCAAGCUGGUUCAGUGCAGGCUUCAGCGUCAGCAGGUGUCUUUUUGUCUUUUUCACUCUUGUGAUAUCAGGGAACUCAGUAGAUUUUCUUCAGUUAGCAGAUCCUGCUUUCCCAGGCACUGUUACUUGCGGUGAAAAUGAAAUAAUACUGAGAUUUCCCAGCCAUGGUGGCACCGAGACAUGGCUUGCAUCUGUGGUAGACCCCCAGGGUGGUGAACUGUUGAACUGUUCAUAUAUCUUGGACCCAGAGGGGCCAACUCUAACAGCCCCAUAUGAGGCGUGUGCCAAGACAGUGCAUGGCGGACACCAGAUGAGCAUCAGAGUCACAGACAGUAGCUCUGUUCUAAAUCGUGGGGGUGUCGUGUAUCAGUUCUUCUGUCCAGCUACACAAGUAGAACAGAUCUUUGAACUUUCAAAAUCCAUAAUCUGCACUGAGGACUCCAUGUCUGUAAGUGAAAAGGGAUCAUGACUUCUCACUGGGCUCUUUCAGGGGGGAAAUAAGGUGAACCAAUCCCAGAUGGGAUGGAUGAUUGAGAUUGGUCAUGAUCCAAGAACCCAAACUCUGACUCUAAAGGAGGCCCUAGGACAAGGAUUUGGUAUCCUGAUUGACAACAAGUUGACCCUCAAUGUGCCAUUCAAUGCCACUGGAGUGACUCACUAUGUGGAAGGUGACAGCCAUCUCCACCUAAUACUUCUGAAGCUUUCACAUGUGUCUCCUGGACGGAUGAUCGCCUUCUCAUCACAGGCCAUUUGUUUGUCAGGUCCUGUGUCUUGUAAUGCUACGCAUAUGACUCUUACCAUACCAGAGUUCCCUGGGAAGUUAACAUCUGUGAACAUUGAAAACAGAAACAUUGCAGUGAGCCAGCUGCACCAUAACGGGAUUGAUGUGGAAGCUGCCAACGGCUUGAGACUGCAUUUCAGCAAGACUCUACUCAGAACAAAAUUUUCUGGAAAAUGCCUCCACAAUCGGUUCUACAUAUCUUCACUCAAGUUGACCUUUAACUUGCAACGGGAUACAGUGUCCACAGUGAUUAAUCCUGAGUGCUUUUGUGACUCACCAGUUUCUAUAGUUACAGGUGAAUUUUGUACCCAGGAUGGAUUUAUGGAUUUUGAGGUCUACACCCACCAAACCAAACCAGCUCUCAAUUUGGAUACCCUCAGGGUAGGAAAUUCAUCCUGUCAACCUGUCUUCAAGGCCCAGUCUCAGGGGAUGGUAAGGUUUCACAUACCCCUGAAUGGAUGUGGAACAAAACAUAAGUUAAAAGAUGAGAAAGUCAUCUAUGAAAAUGAAGUUCAUGCUCUCUGGGAAAAUCUUCCUCCAAGCAAAAUAUCCAGAGACAGUGAAUUCAGAAUGACAGUGAAGUGCUACUAUAAUAGACAAGAUGUGCUACUCAAUGCCAAUGUCAAACACCUUCUUCCUCCAGUGGCCUCAGUGAAACCAGGUCUGCUUGCUUUGAGCUUGCAAACCUACCCAGAUCCGUCCUACCAACAGCCUUACAGGGUCAAUGAGUACCCCAUAGUGAAAUACCUCCGCCAACCAAUUUACAUGGAAGUAAGAGUCCUAAAUAGAAAUGACCCCAACAUUAAGCUGGUGUUGGAUGACUGCUGGGCAACAUCUUCAAUGGACCCAACCUCUCUACCCAAGUGGAAUAUUGUUAUGGAUGGUUGUGAAUACAACCUGGACAACUAUCAAACUACCUUUCAUCCAGUUGGCUCUUCUGUGACCCAUCCUUAUCACUAUCAGAGGUUUGAUGUGAAGACCUUUGCCUUUGUAUCACAGGCCCAAGUGCUGUCUAGCCUGGUCUAUUUCCACUGCAGUGCCUUAAUCUGCAAUCAACACUCUCCCGACUCUCCUCUGUGUUCUGUGACUUGCCCUGCGUCAUCUAGACACAGGCGAGCUACAAGGAACACUGAAUUGGAGAAAGUGACAGUCAGCCUCCCGGGACCAAUUCUCCUGUUACCAGAUGGCUCUUCAUUCAUAGAUGUUGGGGACUCCAAGAAACUUGGGCUUGUUGCUGACAUUGCCUCUAAAGCAACAGCUAUUGUGGCAGCCUUAGCAGGAGUGAUGGUAACGCUAGGUUGCAUCAGUUACCUGUGUAAAAGAAGAACCAUGGUAUUCAAUCACUAA